UAUUUUCCCUUGAGUUGUCUUGGAAACAGACUUGCAUCUUUCUGCUGGCAGUAACAUACUAUAUUUGGUGCCAUGUAUUAACAACUUGGGUCCAACAUACCACAUUACAGUGACUUGAGAUACCAUAAGUAAGGGAGUCCAGUAACCAUAGAACUGUUCAACUGUCAUAAAACAAUCAUUCAUGACAUUCUUUAGUUUGAAUUAACUCUGCAGCCUCUUACUGUGUGGUAUUCUAUUCUAUUAUAUUGUAUGUAUCCCUUACAUUUCCUAUACUAUUCUAUUCUAUGUGUCCCCAAACUUAAUGUUAUAUUCUAUUCCUCUUUAUCUCUAAACCUCUCAUGCCCAGUUGUUUGAAGUGAAAAUGGCAGUGGAGAAGCGCUUGGCAUUCUCUAUUGUGCAGUUCCUGCGAGAUCAAACACACUGUGGUGCUUUGAAUUCUGAUGAGCAGGAAAGCCUUGAAGUUGCCAUACAAUGUUUGGAGACAACCUUCAAGAUCAACUCCAGUGACUGUCAUCUCGCAGCACCACAACCUCUCACUGAAAUAUUCCUCAACUCUCUCCUCAAGAAUGACCAGAAUAACCUGGUGCUACCAGAGACAUCCCCAUCACCAGAAGACACAGAAAGGGCAGAACAGUUGAAGAAUGAAGGGAACAAUCAUAUGAAAGAGGAGAACUACAGCUGUGCGGUGGAGUGUUACACAAAAGCCAUCGAUUUAGACCUCCGAAACGCUGUCUACUUCUGUAACAGGGCUGCAGCACACAGUAAACUGGGGAACUACACAGAGGCAACGGGAGACUGUGAAAGGGCCAUAGGGAUCGACCCUAGCUACAGUAAAGCCUAUGGGAGAAUGGGAUUGGCAUUGACUGCUAUGAAUAAGUACCCAGAGGCCAUCUCCUACUUUAAGAAAGCUCUGGUUUUAGAUCCAGGGAAUGACACCUACAAAUCCAACCUGAAGAUCGCUGAGCAGAAACAAAAAGAGGCAUCCAGUCCUAUGGCUACGGGACUGGGAUUUGACAUGGCCAGCCUUAUCAACAACCCUGCCUUCAUCAGCAUGGCCGCCAGUGUGAUGCAGAACCAACAAGUACAACAGCUUAUGUCAGGGAUGAUGUCCAAUGCGGUCGGGGGUCCAGCAGCAGGAGUGGGAGGACUGUCUGACAUCUCCAGCCUGAUUGAAGCUGGUCAGCAGUUUGCCCAGCAGAUCCAGCAGCAGAACCCAGAACUGAUCGAACAGCUGAGGAACCACAUCCGCAGCCGCUCCUUCAGUGGCAGCGCUGAGGAGCACUCGUGAUCCACACAGUGUACAUUUCAAUAGAGGAAGGGCAACCAUAUGUCGUGAUUACAAUCUCUACACCCAUUCCUUAAACUCACAUCACCGGCAGAGCUGGAAUGAAGAGACAGACGGAGAUGGGGACGAUGGCACUUUACUGGGACUGUAUCUUCAGAGAGGAGGGGAGAGAUGAGAAACAGUCUACACCUUCUACAUACCUAAUAAGAAGAGAGAGUAUCCAACACAUUCUAUGUAGAUACUCAAACAGGAAAUAGAGUAUCAACCACAUUCUAGACACCCAAUUAGUUUCAAAAACAUUCCCACCAAUCAGGAGAAAGAAUAUUCAGUUCGAGACCCAAUCAGGAGACAGUCUCAACUAAUUAUUCUAAAUAUCCAACCCAGUGCACAGCAAAUAUUUAAUCUUUCCUCAAUAAUGUUCCAUUCCAAAUGGAUUUCUGUGUUUUUCUAUAGUGUGUUGUAGUAGCAAUGUGGAAACCAUUUCCGUGUUCGUAUACUUUGGUAUAUUUUGUUGAUCCUUUGGUCCGCACUGAUUUCACUGAUCCAACAGAAUUGUACGUAGGAGAAUGCAGGGGUGUAUACAGUGAGGUGAAACAUUUAGAUAGAAAUUAAAUUAAUAGAGCUGAUAGGAUUCCCUAUUCUACAGUACCAGUCAAAAGUUUGGAAACACCUACUUAUUCAAGGGUUUUUCUUUAUUUUUACUAUUUUCUACCUUGUAGAAAAGUAGUGAAGACAUCAAAACUAUGAAAUAACACAUAUGGAAUCAUGUAGUAACCAAAACAUUGUUAAACAAAUACAAAUCUAUUUUACAUUUUAGAUUCUUCAAAGUAGCCACCCUUUGCCUUGAUGACAGCUUUGCACACUCUUGCCAUUCUCUCAACCAACUUCACCUGGAAUGCUUUUCCAAAAGUCUAGAAGGAGUUCCCACAUAUGUUGAGCACUUGUUGGCUGCUAUUCCUUCACUCUGCGGUCCAACUCAUCCCAAACCAUCUCAAUUUGGUUGAGGUCAGGUGAUUGUGGAGGCCAGGUCAUCUGAUGCAGCACCCCAUCACUCUCGUUCUUGGUCAGAUAGCCGUUACACAGCCUGGAGGUGGGUUGGGUCAUUAUUCUGUUGAAAAACAAAUGAUAGUCCAACUAAGCGCAAACCAGAUGGGAUGGCAUGUCACUGCAGAAUGCUGUGGUAGCCGUGCCGGUUAAGUGUGCCUUGAAUUCUAAAUUACUCUGGGUCUUUCUUUCCUGUGGCGGUCCUCAUGAGAGCCAGUUUCAUCAUAGAGGUUGAUGGGUUUUGAGACUGCACUUACUUGAAGAAAUGUUCAAAGUUCUUGAAAUUUUCCAGAUUGACUUACCUUCAUCUCAUGAAAUAAUGAUGGACUGUCAUUUCUCUUUGCUUAUUUGAGCUGUUCUUGGCAUAAUAUGGACUUGGUCUUUUACGAAAUAGGGCUAUCUUCUGUAUGUCACCCCUACCUUGUCACAACACAACUGAUUGGCUAAAACACAUUAAGGAAAUACAUUCCACAAAUGAACUUUUAACAAGGCACACCUGUUAAGUGAAAUGCAUUCCAGGUGACUACCCCAUGAAGCUGGUUGAGAAAACGCCAAGAGUGUGCAAAGCUGUCAUCAAGGCAAAGGGUUGCUACUUUGAAGAAUCUCAAAUAUAAAAUAUAUUUUGGUUGGUUACUACAUGAUUCCAUAUGUGAUUCCAUAUCUGUUAUUUUAUAGUUUUGAUGUCUUCAUUAUUAUUCUACAAUAAUAGAACAUAGUAAAAAUAAAGAAAAAUCCUGGAAUGAGUAGGUGUCCAAACUUUGGACAGGCACUGUACAUGACAGGCAAUUAGAACUGUAUUGUGUAUAACAGAUACAUCUUCACGUUCUGUAACAUUGCUCCUUUCAGAACUGACCCCAGGAUUUGACUUAAAAUUGCUUUCAGUAAUUGCAUUGAGUGAAAGGGAGGAAGGAAUUAAGGAAGGAGAGAAAGGGAGGGAGGGACUAAUGAAGGACAGAAAGGGAGUUAAGGAAGGAGUGAAAGGGAGGAAUGAAUUAAGGAAGGAGAGAAAUGGAGGAAGUGGUUGUUCAGGAAGGAGUGAAAGGGAUAAAGGAUGCAUCUGUGAAGUAUUUGAACUGGGAGCACAUUCCUUUUUCUCAUGACUACAUGAGUUACACACACACACACAGACACAGACACACACACACACACACACACACACACACGACAGCAGGGUUACAUUGUUUCUAUCCUAUCAUGUUCAGACAGUUAUUUUUGUACCAAAUUAUUUGUUAUAGUUACUGUUGGAUGAAACAAAGACCCUAAGCCUUGAUCAUGUGGAUCUCUAUCAUUGCUUUGAAUAGUAAAUUAUCAGACUGCUAAUUUGAAGAUAAAAGAAAGUAUGUCCUUGAAAGUAUGUAUAGUGACCAUGUCUGCACCCCCUACCCUCACCCUGUAUUUACUAAUGAUUGGAACCAUAGCAAACACACAAAUAUGUCAAUGCCAUUUCUCUUUGGAUUCUAUUUCAUUUGACAUCACUGAAACAAUGUUGAUAGUAUGGGACUUAUUCAGCCUUAUUGAUUUUGCAUGCUUUUCCAUCUGAUAUUUAUUGUCAGACACUUAAUUGAAGCUAAUGAAUAUUGUGUAAAACAGAGCAGCAUAAUGUUUGGUCAACAAAUAUACGUCUAAAUAAAAUGUCUUA